AUGCCCCACCCCAAUUUGAAAUCGCAGCACCCAGUGUCACCGACACUGGGGGGAGGGGCAGCCUCGCUUCUCGAGUUCAUCAAUAUGCCAUCAUCCCCAGAAUCUGAGGAACGUAAGGAUGACAACAGUGAUACCACUGGAUUUAUCUCCCCGGAUAGCGUCGCAGGCCAACAGGCUCUUCAUGGAGCGACACAGUCUGCUCCGACCUCUACCCCCCAGCCUGGAUCUGGCAACAAUAAGCCUCACGCCAUCAAUGUCCCGCAGCGCGCUGCUGUUGAGCAAAGAGCGAGUCUCUUCGGGCCAACUGUUGUGAAAGGCUGUAGAAGUGUCGAGUCUUUGAGAAAACGGGUCGCUCGUAUGCCGUCGCUGGAUUCUCUACCGGAAAAUGGCACCGAGAGAGGGUGCCCAGAAAUUGAGAUUGAUGGCAUGAAUCACGGUAUUCUGGAUGAUCAAGAACACAGAUCAAUGAUGCUGGUGAUCCCAGAGGUCUCGAGAUUUGUUGAACCGCUGAGCAUGCAGGAACUGCGGCAUAUGAUCACCAUGCUCCAUCAAAGAUACGGUCUGGUGGGGUUCGAAAUUACAGGGUUUAAACUCAACGAAAAGGAAAACAAGAUUUUGCUCACACUUUUGAAGAAGGAGCCUUCUCUAGUCCCCAACACGAUCCCAUCGUCCUCUCAUCAGCAGCUUGCUACGGGCAGUGAGAAGCCUCAAGCGCUAGUCGCGCCUUCCACUCGCCUUCUUCAAGCAAGGUCGGUCCCUCAGCAGAGGUCAUUUGGCCCUCGUCUCCGUAACGCCAUUACAAUGUCAAACCUUCGUGCCAAAGCUCGUGAGAACGAGGUCUCAACCCCUCUCUACCCAUCUCAACGUCGUCCUCUUCGUCCUUCCGCAAGCACCGCAGCUCUUUCGCCGUCACGUCCUAGUAUACGUGCGGUGCAGCCUUCACCUGUCUCCGAAUCUCCCGGCCGCGUCUCGCCACACAAGAACGCCUUCGUCCUGACUCGUGGCACCCAGUUCAACAUGCGUGGAGAGCCUUCCCCAGAGAGACAAAUGCAAAUCGACAAUCAACUCACCGAGAAGAAUUUGGGCAUUCAGCAGAGACUAGGGCCUUUGAGCCUGCGUGAAGGAAGCGAGGCGGAAAUUGACAUUCAACAGGCCCAAGCAUUGAAUAGAACCUUGAAAUUUGGAGAAAAUCUGUUGCAGAAAAUCGAUAAGGAUAAUGCCGAGGAUCGGGCACAGUUAAUGGAACAGGCUCGUGCACCCGGGACCACAGAUAGCGGCACCACCGACAAUAGUCAAGUUGCUCGUCCAGAAACCUUCGACAUCGCGAAUGAUCAUAUUCGUCAGUAUACUGAGAAGCAUCGUUCUGGGCUCAAUUGCACUGGAUCUAGGGUUUCGAGGUCUCAAAUUUCUAAUACUCCCAGCGGUAGGCUCUCCCGUGCUGGACGUACCAACCGGGAUGAAAAUCUCUCUAGCACAGGAGUAAUUCCCGGUAUCGAAGUCUCCGCCAUGGAUAGAAACCUCGCAGAGGAAGAUGUUUCAACUUCUCGGCACCCCUUACGCCUUAUUUCAAGCGUGGCCGAUAUGCGCUCAAGGAAUAAUGAGCCUGUAGGAAGACCACUUAGCCGCGCCGCCGUUGGACCUGGUCUUACUCCUUACCGCAGCUUCCCUGCUUUGCCGGCGGCGACCAAUCUUGUUACAAAGGAGACCCGCGCUCGUGCUCCGGUUGAUCCAACUCGUAAGGAUACGGCAUUGUUCAGGCCAACCACAUCGCAGAGUAACAAACAGAAGGAUCAGCCCGCUGGUGCUAAAAAGCCUCCAGGAGGAUUUGGAAGGGAGUUGAAGUGGGCCUAG